AUGUAUAACGCUUCGCAUUCAAUUGUAAUUGGGAAUAAGCAACCGCCACCCUCGCUAAAUGGCGGUGUGCAUCCUGCUGGGCAAAAUCCUGCUGUUGUAAUGAACCCUCAAGCUCAACCACAAUCACAAUCGCAACAACUGCAACAACAACAACAACAACAACAACAACAACAAGUAGCUCCACCUCCACCUCAACUGCAGCAACCGCAACCACCACAGCAACCGCCACAACCACCUCCACAUCCCAGUGGUCCUGGAAUAAUAGUUGCUGCAGCACAAGCUACAGCUAACCAGCAAGCACAUGCACAAGCACAAGCACAAGCACAACAGCAGCAGCAGCAACAACAACAACAACAACAACAACAACAACAGGGUCAGACACCUCGAAAUCCCGCUGCCAACACUCUCAGCGAUACGACUGCAUCUACUUGGCUAGCGGUUGGCUCUUUGGCAGAAAGCAUGGGUGAUUUGGAGCGCGCCUUAUCCUCAUACGACUCAGCUUUGAGACACUCUCCAAAUAAUCCCGAGAUUUUGACAAAAUUGGCUAAUGUGUACCGCUCAAAAGAUGUCUUUUUCAAGGCUGCUGAGCUAUACGAACAAGCUCUCAAUUUUAAUCCAGAAAAUGGAGAAACAUGGGGUUUAUUGGGUCAUUGUUAUUUGAUGUUGGAUGAUUUGCAAAGAGCAUAUGCGGCUUACCAGCGCGCUUUGUACUAUUUGGAAAAUCCAAAUGUUCCAAAAUUGUGGCACGGAAUUGGUAUAUUGUAUGAUAGAUACGGGUCGUUGGAAUAUGCAGAAGAAGCAUUUGUGCGUGUUUUGGAAUUGGAACCAAACUUUGACAAGGCUAACGAAAUUUAUUUCCGUUUGGGAAUAAUCUAUAAGCAUCAAGGAAAACUACAACCUGCUUUGGAAUGUUUCCAAUAUAUCUUGAAUAACCCUCCUCAUCCACUUACUCAGCCAGAUGUAUGGUUUCAAAUUGGUUCGGUAUUAGAACAGCAAAAGGAUUGGAAUGGGGCCAAGGAAGCAUAUGAAAAAGUUUUACAAGUUAACCCUCAGCACGCCAAAGUCUUACAACAGUUGGGUUGUCUUUAUUCGCAAGCCGAAUCGAAUCCACCAACACCCAGACAAAGUAAUGGGUCGCAUUCACAUCAAGAUAUUCAACCAUUCCAACAGGACUUAAAUAUUGCUUUGAAAUAUCUAAGUCAAUCAUUGGAAAUUGACCAAAGUGACGCACAUUCUUGGUAUUAUUUAGGAAGAGUUCACAUGAUAAGAGGUGACUUCAAUGCGGCUUACGAAGCUUUCCAACAAGCGGUGAAUAGGGAUUCCAGAAACCCGACAUUUUGGUGCUCAAUUGGUGUAUUAUACUAUCAGAUUAGUCAAUACCGUGACGCUUUAGAUGCAUAUACUAGAGCCAUACGCUUAAAUCCGUAUAUUAGUGAAGUUUGGUAUGAUUUGGGUACGUUGUAUGAGACUUGUAACAACCAAAUUAGUGACGCGUUGGAUGCAUAUAGACAAGCAGAAAGACUAGACCCAGGCAAUCCACAUAUCAAGGCGAGGUUGGAUCAAUUGAUCAAAUACCAACAGGAGGGAAACACACAUCCGCCUCAACCUCCGCCUAGUAUUCAACAACCUAGACUACCACAGGGAAUGGUUUUGGAAAGUAAUCAGCAAACCGGCCAGCAAAUCCCAGGUGGCAGUGUUCCUCAUCCGUCUGAGUUGCAGCAAACCCAGCAGCAACAGCAGCAGCAGCAGCAACAUCAACAACAACAUGGUCAGCCACUAGGUGAACUUCCUCAACAUCAACAACAUGGCCAAAUGCCUGGACCUUUGAACAGUUCUGCGGCAGCAGCAGCGCAGCCACCACCACCACCUCCUCCCCAGUUGGUAGCACAUCAAACUGCCUCGCAGUUGCCUGCGCCACCACAACACCAACUUGUUCAACAACAACUCCAGCAGCAGCAACAACAACAGCAACAGCAACAACAACAGCAACAACAACAACAGCAACAACAACAGCAACAACAACAACAACAACAACAGCAACAGCAACAACAGCAACAGCAGCAACAGCAACAACAGCAGCAACAACAACAACAACAACAGAAACAACAAAUACAACAGGGACAGCCUGGCUUGAUAGCAAGACUAUCACAUUAUCAAGGACAACAAUCGAGCGUAUCAACACCAGUUCAGCAACCGCAGCAAUUGCAACAACCACAACAACUGUCGCAACCUCAAACGCAACUUUCCCAACGACCUCCACAAGUUCAACAAAGAUUUACUUCUACUCUCCCUCAGCAAGCCUCCACUUUACCCUCACUUAAUCAACCACCAACUUCUUCUCAAUUUCCUCCAAACGAGCCAUUGACAUCUGAAGGUAUACAAGGUAGGCCUAUGGAAAUAAAGACCGAAAAUAGUUCACAAAUUGAAUCACCUCGUUUGCCCGCUAUUCAUCAACAGUCGAAUGAUAACAAAAGAAUUUUAAAUCCUGAGCAACCGGAGCCGAUUAAGAAUACUCAAAGGGAUACCCAGCAAGUUUCCCAUUUGGAACAAUCUGAUCAGCAAGAUGGCAAUAAGCUUCCCGCGGUUAAUUCAAAAGAGUCAACACAAGUCUCAGUUUUCCCACAACCCCCACCUACUGCUACCCAAUUACCCUCUAUAACAAUGGCUCAAGAUGAAAGCAAAAAUGUUACUUCAACUAGCAAUGAGACCAACGGGAAGCACAAUUUAGAAGAUAAACAUGAUGAAGGGAAGAUUUUGAAAAAACGACAUGAAGGGUUUACUACGUCUCCAACGCUGACAAAGACAGAACAAGAAUUGAAAGAUGAAAAGACUGAAUCGAAAUCAAUACAGAGUGAAGUAAGAACAAUUCCUAAAUCCAAGCAUAAAACUGAAGAUGCUGGUGUUGUUCUUGCAAGCGACAGCAAAAGUGAACAGCCGAAAUCAGAUACUCCUUCCUUAGCCAAUGUGUCUGCAGUUCCUCUAUAUUCUUCUAACGUUACAAGUAGAGAGGGAAACAACUCUUAUGAGUCGCCUGACGAAGUGGAAUCGGCUGCAAUACCGUCGGAUGCCAUAAAGAACGAGGAAACAGUGCAGCAAAACGAUAAUGAUACACUCGAUAAGAAAACUCAUGAGCAUUCCGAGCUGAAAGAAGACAAAAAAGAGGAAGAGGAAGAAAAAGAAAGUGAUAAACAGGAAGCAGUUCUUGAAGCUGCAGAAGAAAGAAAACAACCGGAUGUGAGGGAUGACGCAGCUCAGCAAAAAGUUUCAGGAGAUGAAGAGAAAAACGAAGCGGAGGCAAAGGAAGAGACGAAAAGAGAGGAUCUCAACGAACUCGAUGGUGGCGAUGCUAAGGUUAAGUCUGCCAAGGAUAAUGUUAACGUCGAUAAUGAUAAUGACGAUGAUAAUGAUGAUAAGAAGGGAAAUGAAAAUGGAGAAAAAGAAGGAGGACAAGUGGCGGAGGUGGUAGAGGAGGCAGGAGAGGAAAAGGAGGAAAAGGAGGAAAAGAAAGAAACUGUUUCAAAAGAUGACAAUGUUGAACCUCCAAUGAGGAAAGUUGAAGAGGACGAAAACUACGAUGACGAUUGA